AUGGUUAGCGUCUGGUUUCUGAGUCUCUUCCUUGGUUCAGCUGAAGCUGGGAAACUGUUAGUUGUUCCUUCAGAUGGCAGCCACUGGCUUGGGAUGAAGCCCAUUGUGGAGGAGCUGGGAAGGAGAGGAAACCAGGUGGUGGUCGUCAUCCCAGAUACAAGUCUGAGUAUGGGUCCUUCAGAGCAUACAACCACCCUUACAUUCCCAGUACCCUACACCAAGGAGGAAUUACUGGGAAACUUAAAUGGCAAUUUGACCACACUUCUGAAUAUUUAUCUCUCUUCUGACCUUGCCAAAUUCCAGUCAUACUUUCACGCACUGGAUCUUUUGCAAAAAUAUAUUGUGAGGAACGCAGAGGGUCUGCUCUUCAACAAGGACUUAAUGAAAAAACUGGAAGACCACAAAUUUGAUGCUAUUCUCACAGAUCCAUUUGAACCUGUCGGAGUUAUUGUUGGCGAAUAUCUUUCGAUUCCAGCAAUAUAUAUGCAAAUAAACCAUAUUUGUGGUGCUGAAAUUCUUGCCAGCCAAUGCCCAAGUCCACCUUCUUAUGUUCCUAAACGUAAUACUCAUUUUACAGACCACAUGAAUUUUUGGCAAAGAAGUGUGAACCUGGUAAGAAAUCUGCUGCAACCCAUGGCUUGCAGGCAUAUGUUUAGUCAUGCAGAUGAGAUUGCCUCAAAUGUACUUAAAAAGAAAACAUCCAUGGUGGAGAUCAUGAGCCGUGCAGCUCUCUGGUUCAUGGUUUUUGACUUUGCCUUUGAAUUCCCACGACCAGUGAUGCCUAAAAUGGUUAUGAUUGGAGGAAUGGCAACCAAGAAACCAAAACCUUUGUCACAAUUCCCCAGGUAUUCAACACUCCUUCUGUUACUCCUUCCAACUCUUCUUCUGAACCUAUGCAACUGGGUUAUGCCAGACUGA